AUGUACAACAACAACAGCCACCACAAAAAAAAAAAAAGAACGCAGAAACAUAAAAGAAAGAAGCAAAUUAAUAAUCUCUCUCAAGAAGGGAGAUUAUUGAAGAAGAUGGAAGUUUGCAUGCCUCUCAAAUCCGAUACUAGAUUAAAGCACCGUCCUUUGACCGUUCUUAGGUUUAUAAGGGGUGUGAUAUGUUUGGUGGUGUUUCUUUCGACGGCUUUCAUAUGUUUAGUAUAUCUUUCACCGCUUGUAGUUGUAGGAUUGCGGCUUUUCAGUGUUCGUUAUAGUAGGAAGGCGGUUUCGUUCUUCUUUGGACUUUGGUUAUCUAUGUGGCCGUUUCUUUUCGAAAAGAUAAAUAAGACUAAAGUUGUGUUUUCUGGCGAUAGUAUUCCGAUGAGGGAACGUGUGCUGCUUAUUGCUAAUCACAGAACUGAGGUUGAUUGGAUGUAUUUGUGGGAUCUUGCGCUUCGAAAGGGAAGAUUGGGGUUUAUAAAAUAUAUCCUUAAGAGUAGCUUAAUGAAAUUGCCGAUUUUCGGUUGGGGAUUUCAGAUUCUGGAAUUCAUUGCAGUGGAGAGGAAGUGGGAGAUAGAUGAGAAAAUAUUGCUACAAAAUCUUUCAACAUUUCAGGAUCCCAAAGAUCCUUUAUGGCUAUCAAUUUUUCCUGAGGGAACCGAUUAUACUGAGAAGAAGUGUAAAAGUAGUCAAUCGUUUGCGGCUGAAGUUGGGCUUCCGGUGCUGACAAAUGUAUUACUUCCAAAAACAAAGGGGUUUCACACUUGCUUGGAAGUUCUACAAGGCUCGUUGGAUGCAGUAUAUGACGUAACAAUUGCAUACAAGAAUCAGUGUCCUUCCUUUCUGGACAACGUCUUUGGUCUUGAUCCAUCAGAAGUACACAUGCAUAUUCGUCGCAUUCCUGUAGAUGAUAUUCCAGUUUCAGAAACUAAAGCUGCUUCUUGGCUAAUGAAUACGUUCCAAAUCAAGGAUCAAUUGCUCUCUGAUUUCAAGAUUCAAGGGCAUUUCCCCAACCAACUAAAUGAAGAGGGAAUCUCUACAUUCAAGUGCCUUCUCACUUUGACCUUGAUAGUUUCUUUUACUGCCUUGUUUACUUAUUUUACGUUUUUUUCUCAUAUCGGCUUCAAGUUGUAUGUAGGUCUAUCAUGUGCAUAUCUUUCUUUUGCAACGUGCUACAAAAUUCAAUUGAUGCCUUUAACAGAUUAUGUUCAUGCAUUCUAUAACAACAAGAAACAAAAGAAUGGAUAG